AUGGCGUCUAUUUUACUAAUGGCAACGCCGACCGAAAAAGUUUCGUUUUCUGACUCCGUAACGACAGGAGACGGCAAAAUUUGCCCAUCGCCAAUGUCCACCUUCGGAAGCGAUGUCAUGGACAACUUGUAUUUGCAUGCGUCAAACGCUGGUGUUUUUGUAAGAACAGACUACUCUGAGUUAGCAUCCAAGGCUACAAAUAAUCUGCAACGAUUAGAAGGUAAAUAUAAGAAGAGAAUAUACAAGAUGAUAAACAACACGGACGAUAAUCUUGAUGAAGAUGAAGAUACUGAUGAAGUAAUCAAUGAGAUUGUAACUAUUGCUGUUUUUGCAACCAACAUGAGGAAAAAUGACAUUCAGUGUGAAAAAGAUAAAUAUCAUAUUAAAAUUAAAAGAGAAGUGAACAUUAAAAAACACAAAAAGAAAAAUGUGAAGAAACAGAAGAGGAAGAAUGUUGCAGAAGAUUUUGGCUUUUUAAAUGUAUCCCUUUUCCCUCGGCCAUGUCAUGUUCCAGAAGAUAAUGAUGAAAGUGCCUUGGAACGGUUUUAUGCAGUAGAACAAAGUCUCAAUGAUUUUGAAGAUUUAGUUGCACCCUAUGAAAAAGAAUUAGAUAUUGAAGGAAGGCACACAAAAAUGGAUAAACACUUGCGUAGUGAUAAAGACAGGAAAAAAACAAAAGCUCACAUACAAGUAAAGGACAAAUAUUGUAAAAGUGUAAAAAACAACGGGGGACGUAAAAAGUUGUUUGUUCAUCACAGAGUCUAUAAACUCAUGGAGCUCGAGAUACAAAGACUUUCUUACAUGCCAAGUCCAAAGAGGGCAACACGUGAUUUACAGCGGGAAGAAAUGAAGGCGAUUAAGCACACUCCAGUUCGUCCAGCAUACAAUCCACAUUUCAGGCCUGCCCCUCGAGGAGGCAUCCAAAAUUUGGCUUAUGCCAUUGACAACAACAAUGCUGCACAGGACCUUGACAGUGCACUUGUGAAUGUUCUGAUAACACUUCAGCACAGGGACCUGACACCCGAGGACUAUGAAACACUUCUAAGACUGGAUGAGAAUGUGGCACCAAAAACAUUACAGAAAGAUGUUUUAGAAUCGUUUAGGACUGACAUUGUAAAUGAGAGUGGGGUCCAUGAAACAUGUUCAAUAUGUAUGGACCAAUAUACAAUAGGACAAUCUAGGAAGUUUCUACCCUGUAAUCAUGUUUUUCACACAAACUGUAUUGAUAUGUGGUUGGAGAAUUCAUCUCUGAAUUGUCCAAUUGAUAAUUUACCAGUGUCUAACAGCUGACAGGGAACGUGUGAAUAUCCCAACUAAUUAUCACUUGAACAUACAGUUUAGUCUUAUGAACAUUAUAAUUGCGGGAGUGUUUGUAAGGCUGUAUGACUACUACAGAAAUUAUGACGUGAAAUGUCACAUGCCGUCUAUAAUUGCAGUUGUAUGACUACUUGUAAGAAGUUGUUUGACUAAUAUUAAAGCAUGUUUUGCCUUGAUAUGGCAUUUAUAGCUGUUAUAAAUGACAGAUUGAUCACUGAUUAUAUUUUAAUUGCCAACACUUUCUUGCUGAUUUAUGAACAUUCUGAUUUUAUCUAAACUCAGUUGUUCAUUACUGACAGUAUAAUGCUUUGUAGGGAAUAUUUUGAUGGCGUUCCGUCGGUUUCUAUGGUAACAAUUGAGGUUUAAUGAUGCUCAUGCAAGAAACAGGAUUUGA